AUGGCACAUGUUAGUUUUUCAGGGAGUCCAUUUGGCUCAAUUAGUCACAAGCAAUGCAUAAUUGCAGACAAUCUCCAUCAGCAAUGCCUCUCCGAGAUGAAAAGUAAAAAUGAUUACCUCUGUCCUGAUACUUUGCAAGCCUAUAGAAGAUGGUGCCCAUCAGAUAUACUAAUUGACCAAGAAUAGCCCACUAAGGAGCCAUUCUUGGUCUGCCAGAAAAAAUUUUGACAAAAGAUCCUAAUCUGCCAUUACCACUGAGUUUUGGUGUUUCCAAAUUUUUUGGGCAAGCCAAAUGCAAUAAAAAAAAUUGUUCUUUUGCAAUGAUGCAUUUGGCUUGUCAAAAAAAUUUGGCAACACCAAAACUCAGUGGUAAUGACAAACGAUCCUAAUCUGCCAUUACCACUGAGUUUUGAUGUUGCCAAAUUUUUUUGACAAGCCAAAUGCAUCAUUGCAAAAGAACAAUUUUUUUAUUGCAUUUGGCUUGCCCAAAAAAUUUGGAAAUACCAAAACUCAGUGGUAAUGGCAGAUUAGGAUCUUUUGUCAAAAUUUUUUCUGGCAGACCAAGAAUGGCUCCUUAGUGGGCUAUUCUUGGUCAAUUAGUAUAUCCGAGCUCAGCAAGCUUAUUUUAGAUAUGAAAGGCACCUAGCAAGAGAAACAGGGAAAGCUCUAGCCAGUUAA